AUGCCCAACAGCAGCUCUGUGACUGAGUUCCUCCUGCUGGCAUUCGCAGACACGCGGGAGCUGCAGCUCCUGCACUUCGGGCUCUUCCUAGGCAUCUACCUGGCUGCCCUCCUGGGCAACGGCCUCAUCCUCACUGCCGUAGCCUGCGACCACCGCCUCCACACCCCCAUGUACUUCUUCCUCCUCAACCUCGCCCUCCUCGACCUUGGAUCCAUCUCCACCACUCUCCCCAAAGCCAUGGCCAAUUCCCUCUGGGAUACCAGGGCCAUUUCCUAUCAAGGGUGUGCUACCCAAGUCCUCUUUUUAGUCUUCUUGGUUGGAGCAGAGUAUUGCCUUCUCACCGUCAUGGCCUACGACCGCUACGUUGCCAUCUGCAAGCCCCUGAUCUUUAGGGCAGUGCUGAGGAUGCCCUCUGAGCAGGGCCAGCAAAAAGCCUUUUCCAUGUGUCUCCCUCACCUGGCCGUCAUCUCUCUGACUGUCAUCACUGCCAUGGUUGCCUACCUGAAGCCCCCCUCCAUCUCCUCCCUAUCCCUGGACUUGGUGGUGUCAUUUUUAUACUCUGUGUUGCCUCCAAUAGUGAACCCCCUCAUCUACAGCAUGAGAAACAAGGAGCUUAAGGAUGCCUUGUGGAAACUCUUUGGACACCUGCUUCUUCAGCAUCCAUAA